GAAACUCGGCCUUGGCCGCCUCGUGUGCGCCAGGAAACUAGGACGCGGUUGGACUGGUGCCAGAGUAAUUUUAAGGCGCAUGGCUGGACCGAUGUUAACAGACAACCACAACGCAGUACGCGGGCACGCGCCCUCGGUAUGCAGUUGAAAACCAUAACCUGAUGUGUCAAGUGCAGGUGGAUAUAGCAGGCAGGAUGCGGUUUCUCUGGCAGCUCUGUGGUGUCAUGUGGCUCACAUCACUGCUCAUAUUCGGGAUCGUACUCCUCCCAGCGCUACUAGUGUCCAGAAAGUUACGUGAGCUGUUCUUUGUCACUUCUUUUCGUGUCGGAGCCUUCAUUUAUGCAGACGGCAUGGCUUCAGCCCGGCGCGCUGCGCUGAAGCCUCUGGAGUCCUUGGUGUCACGGGAUCCCGCGCUCAAGAAAGAAAACGCUCUCCGGGUGCUAGAAAUUGGCGCGGGUACAGGAGCGAACUUUGAGCACGUCACAAGAAAGAUUAGGUACACCAACGUGGAUCCCAAUCCAGAGUUCGGCAACGUUUUCCUCAGAGAGCUCAACAACUACCCAAAGAUUGAAAUGGAGCGCUGGGUCCAGUGCCACGGGGAAAACAUGGAUGAACUCGAGAAUGGGGAGUUCGAUGUUGUUUUGUUCACGUAUCUCCUGUGCUCAGUUCAAGACGGGAGGAAAGUUCUCGAGGAAGCCAAACGAGUACUCGUCAAGGGAGGACACUUGAUUUUCUUGGAGCAUGUCGCUUAUCCAAAAGGGACGUGGCCAAGGCUCUUUCAAAGCCUUAUAACUCCACUGUGGAAGAUCACAUGUGGGAACUGUCAUCUUCAAAGGGACUCCGCUAGGCUAAUAGAAACUGCAGGAUUUUCCCAAGUCACCACCCAUUACGUUUAUGCUGACAUGUGCAGUAUCUUGAAUUAUCAGGUUUAUGGUGUCGCUAUUCUAUGAAGACAUCGGGACAGUCAUAAUUUAUGUCCUGUACAUGUCAAGACGAGGCUGCGCAUGAAGUCUCUGGGGUACACAGAGAAAUCAAUUGUAGUUUCUGCACCUGGAUCAAAUAAUCCACUUAGUUGUUGUUGUUUUUUGUGUGUGUAUGAGCUCGUUUGUUAACAUUGCAUUUAUUGUCUUGUAUUUAUCGGAGUAUGUGCAAAAUAUUUCGCUUAUGUAGGCUUCUGUGUCUUUUAAAAUAUUUUUUCUUCACUUAUGUUCACUUAUUCAUGUACUGCCUUAUUAAUGUACUGGACUAAUUCCCGAAAUGCUGCUAUUGAGCUGUUUUUUUUUUGUGCUCUAUGUAAUAUUGGAAUAUUCAUGUAUUGUACUAAUUUUUGAAGUGCUACUUUUGAACCACCCUGUAACAGCCAACAGAUCAACAGUAUGAGUAAAUAAAAAAAGUUGCUUGAGAUGAAAAGGGACGCAAUUUUAUUGCAUGUGCUCUACGGACAAUUCCAUGUGUUGUUUUAUUUAUUGUUUCAAACGCAUCCAGCAAUAGGCCUCUAAAUUCAUAUGAUUCGGUGAAGUGAUAAUAAAGUGCUUGCUUCACAACAAAAUUCCUGGCACAAAAUUUUGUUUAUUAGCUUUUUUCACCUGCAGAUUAAGGUAAUAAAGUGAUAAAAACCUUCAUUUUUGGGACAACGUUUCUUUGUAGCAUAAAAAGCUCUACGACGACGAAUAGAAAUACUUGCACAUCUUUAUUCAUAUUGACUGAAAUGCGCAGUGACUACACAUUGCAAGCUUUUACAGAUGACCAGGCUGAAGUACAGAAAUAAGUACGUGAAUUGCAUCCAGCAUUAUUGCACAAAUUACUUUUCAUAAC